AUGGAGUUUUUAACCUUUUCUCCAGAGAACGACUGCUUUUCAGAAUUACUCGACGGCAGCGAYGGGGAUGAAGAGGAAAUUCUUGUCUGUGGAGAAGAUUUAGAGCUUAAUCCUUUUGAUGGCUUGCCUUACUCCUCCCGUUAUUACAGACUGAUGAAAGAGAGAGAAGAGCUCCCGAUAUGGAAAGAGAAAUGUACUUUCAUGGAGAGUUUGCUUCAUAAUCAGAUYGUGAUUGUGUCAGGAGAUGCUAAGACCGGCAAGAGCUCCCAGGUCAGUACAACAGACUUGGCUGGGCGCUGUCUGGAGCUGCAGCCCCGCGGGGCCGUGGUGUGCACYCAGGUGCUCCGGCCGGCCGCUGUCAGCCUGGCCCUGCGUGUGGCUGACCAGAUGGACGUCAGCCUGGGCCACGAGGUGGGCUACAAUGUCCCUUUCGAGAGCUGCUGCACGGCUGACACCAUCCUCAGGUACUGCACGGAUGAGAUGCUCCAGAGGGAGAUGAUGUCCACACCCCUCCUGAACUAUUAUGGUGUCAUUGUCUUGGAUGAUGUGCACGAAAGGACUGUGGCAACAGAUGCACUGCUGGGCCUUCUCAGAGAUGUGCUGCUGGCCAGAGCAGAGCUGAGGCUGGUGCUCCUCACUGCUCCCCACAUGGCCAGGGAGCUGCAGGAUUUCUGUGGGGGUGUCCCCAUGAUCCGAGUGSAGAGCAGGCACCGUGCUGAGGUCGUGUACUCCUGCAGCACCCACAGGGACCCUUUCCUGGCUGCUCUGAGGCUGCUCUUUGAGUUACACCAUGCCAAGGAGAAGGGGGACAUUGUCAUCUUCCUGGCGUGUGAGCAAGAAAUUGAAAAAGCUUAUCAGAUGAUCAGACAGGAACAGUCCAAUUUAAACCCUGACCUUGGAGAACUCAUCCCCAUCCCUUUAUACCCCACAAAACAAGACCCAACUCCCAAACCAACCCAAGACAAACAGAAAUGCUGCAAAAAAUACAGGAGGAAAGUGCUACUCACCACCAGCUUUGGAGARUCUUUGAUCUGGAUUAAAAACGUGGCCUUUGUCAUCGAUGUUGGUGUGGAGAGAAGAAAGGUGUACAAUCCUAGAAUCAGAGCAGACUCUGUUCUAACCCAGCCUAUCAGCCAAAGUCAAGCAGAGAUGCAUAAACAAAUUCUGGGCAUGUCUCCAUCAGGGAAACUCUUCUGCUUGUAUCCUGAAGAAUUUACAUACAAAGAGAUGAGGCCACAAAUCCCAGCUAAAGUUCAAGAAUCCAAACUCACCAGCCUGGUCCUGUUCCUGAAGAGGAUGGACAUAGCAGGAUUUGCACACUGUGACUUCAUCAGCAGCCCAGCUCCUGAAAGCCUGAUGCAGGCUUUGGAAGACCUGGAUUAUCUGGCAGCACUGGAUAACAAUGGAAACCUCUCUGAAUUUGGAAUUAUUAUGUCAGAAUUCCCCCUGGAUCCACAACUGUCCAAGUCACUGCUGGCUUCGUGUGAAUUUGAGUGUGUGGAUGAGAUGCUCACCAUUGCAGCCAUGGUAACAGGUACCCACAGAUCCUGUCCCACCUGCCCAACCCAGACUCUUCCCAAAUUUAUCCACAAAAGCGACCCAAAAGUAAAUUUUUGUUGUUCUCGCUGGCGCCGCUUCUCCCACCCUGCAGGAGAUCACUUCACCCUCAUCAACAUCUUCAACGCCUUCAAGGCAGCCACUGCCAACCCCACAGAGCCAGACUUCAGCAGUGAGAAAUGGUGCCGUGAUUAUUUCCUGAGCUGUUCUGCUCUGAGCAUGGCAGAGAUGAUCAGAGCUGAGCUGGUGGAGAUUAUGAAGCGCAUUGAACUUCCCAUUUCAGAGCCAGACUUYGGAUCAGAAGAAAAUCUACUAAGCAUUAAGAAAGCUCUUUUAUCUGGUUACUUCAUGCACAUUGCUCGUGAUGUGGAUGGCUCAGGGAACUACUUAAUGUUAACACACAAACAAGUGGCCCAGCUCCAUCCCUUCUCAUCCUAUUACAACACCAGGAGGAUUCCUGAGUGGGUUUUAUUCCACGAGUUCAGCAUCUCAGAGGACAAUUCCAUCAGAGUUGUCUCCGAGAUCUCUCCCCAUCUAUUCGCAGAGUUGGUACCUCAGUAUUAUUUCAGUAAUCUUCCUCCAAGUGAAAGCAAGGAUAUUCUGCAGGAAGUGAUSAAUCACUUGGCACCUGUUUCAGCCAUGAAGGAGGAACAGGAAACUACCAAUGACAGCAAAGAAAAUGAGGAAUUUCCCCAAMCUCCCACUGAGCAGGGAUGUGUUAUUCAGUGA